AUGGACAUGUGGAUAGAUUAUGUAGAUAAGGCAUAUUAUGCCAACAUCCUCAAUGGACAGGUGGACCCUAAUGAUCCAUUUUUAACAUUUGGUUACAUGCCUACUACUCAAAAUGAAGGUGACAAUGAAGUGCCUCAAGUGACUCUUCUAAGUGGAUCAAUCACCAAGAAACAACAAAGAGCUAAGAAUUUUGUUGUUGAAGAAGAUAUGCUUCUUGUGUCUGCAUGGCUCAAUGUUAGUUUAGAUAGAGUGCAUGGCAACGAGCAAAAGAGUUCUACCUAUUAG